AUGUCUUACGGCCCUGUUGUUGAGCAAGGAACCCACAAAGAGCUAAUUAAGAAGCGAUCAGUGGAUUACGAAUUGGUAGAGAAGCAGCGUAUGUCGACGGAAGGGGAUAUCGGCCCAAGUGAAGAAAGUCCACGUUCGACGCAGAUAUGGAAUUCCUAUUUGAAACAUAAAGGCAAUAAGUCCAACAUUCAAGCGUACCAGAUUAAGGAGGCAAAUUCCGAUAGGAAGGCUUACGACCACAGACACUCUUUAUGGGAGUUAACGAAGUUCGUCGCCAACUUCAAUAAACAAGAAACAUUCACGGUGCUUUGGGGUCUGUUCUUUUCGGUUAUCACAGGCGCGGGAAAUCCCACGCAGGCUGUGUUCUACGGUAAGACCAUCUCGGCAUUAUCGCUACCUCCCAAUAUGUAUGGGAAACUCCUCCAUGAUGUCAAUUUCUGGAGUCUGAUGUAUGUCAUGCUGGGAGGCACUGCAUUUCUGGGUUGGGGAGCAUCUGGUCGUCAGGGUAUUCCUUGA